CAACAGCACAUCCACAGCCAACAUGAGCAACAGCAGCUUCAACAUGAGGGGCAAGAUCAUCUUCUACGAGGACAGGAACUUCCAGGGUCGCUCCUAUGAGUGCAUGAGCGACUGCUAUGACAUGUCCUCCUACCUGAGCAGGUGCCACUCCUGCAGGGUGGAGAGCGGCUGCUUCAUGGUCUACGACAAGCCCAACUACAUGGGAAACCAGUACUUCAUGAGGAGGGGCGAGUACUCUGACUACAUGAGCAUGAUGGGAAUGAGUGACUGCAUCAGGUCCUGCCGCAUGGUCCCCAUGCACAGAGGCCAGUUCAGGAUGAGGAUCUACGAGAGGGAGAACUUCGGGGGCCAGAUGCACGAGCUUAUGCACGACUGCGACAACGUCAUGGACCACCACCGCAUGUCCGACUGCAUGUCCUGCCACGUGAUGGAAGGCCACUGGAUGAUGUACGAGCAGGCCCGGUACAGAGGCAGGAUGAUGUACAUGAGGCCCGGAGAGUACAGGAGCUUCAGGGAGAUGGGCAUGAACGGCAUGAGGUUCAUGAGCAUGAGGCGCGUCAUGGACUACUAAAUAUUCACCCAGUGU